AUGCGUUCCGGGGGCCGCGGGCGGCCCCGACUCCAGGUCGGGGAACGCAGCCUUUUGGAGCGACCCUCACCGCCCAAGCGCCGCCUGAUACCGCGGGCACAGCUGUUGCCCCAGCUGCUGCUGGCUCUGACAGUAGCCUUGGUGUUCUAUACCAUUUGGAGCAGCUGGCAUAGCCACACUGAAGAGCUGCCGCUGGGCCGGGAACUGCGGGGCCCUUUGAUCGGAAGCCUCCCCGAAGCUCGGGUGCGGAGGGUAGUGGGGCAACUGGACCCUCACCGUCUCUGGAACACUUUCCUGCGCCCUCUGCUGGUUGUACGGACUCCGGGCAGCCCGGGCAAUCUCCAAGUCAGAAAGUUCCUGGAGGCUACACUGCGGACACUUUCAGCAGGCUGGCAUGUAGAACUCGACUCCUUCACUGCCUCCACACCCCUGGGGCCACUGGACUUCGGCAAUGUGGUGGCCACGCUGGACCCGGGGGCUGCCCGCCACCUUACCCUUGCCUGCCAUUACGACUCCAAGCUCUUCCCAUCUGGCUCAGCCCCCUUUGUGGGGGCCACGGAUUCAGCAGUGCCUUGCUCCCUGCUACUGGAGCUGGCCCAAGCCCUUGACCAGGAGCUGGGCAAAGCCAAGGAGAGGGCAGCCCCAGUGACCUUGCAGCUGCUCUUCCUGGACGGUGAAGAGGCACUAAAGGAGUGGGGACCCAAGGACUCGCUUUAUGGCUCCCAGCACCUGGCCCAGCUCAUGGAGUCUACACCCCACGGCCUGGGCUCCACCAGGAUCCAGGCUAUUGAGCUCUUUAUGCUCCUUGAUCUCCUGGGAGCCCCCAACCCGACCUUCUACAGUCACUUCCCUCGCACGGCCCGCUGGUUCCAUCGGCUCAGGAGCAUUGAGAAGCGCCUGCACCGUCUGAACCUACUGCAGUCUCAUCCUUGGGAAGUGAUGUAUUUCCAGACCGGGGAGCCCCCUAUCUCUGUGGAAGAUGACCACAUCCCCUUCCUCCGCCGAGGAGUGCCUGUGCUCCACCUCAUCUCCACACCCUUCCCCUCUGUCUGGCACACGUCCAACGACUCCGAGGCCAACCUGCACCCACCCACGGUACACAACCUGAGCCGCAUCCUGGCCGUGUUCCUGGCUGAAUACCUGGGGCUCUAGCCUGCCCAGGGGAUGCUCUGAGGGAGAAAGGCCCAGCAGGAGACAGGCCUAGGCCCGCCUGGGCUGUGCUGGCUUGCCCUUUUUAACCCCUUCGGCUGUUUGUGCUCUGACCGGAAGAUGCUCUUUCUCAAUCUCAACCUGCCACUCCUCAAAGACGUGGAAGGGAGAGAUCACCAUGGGGUGAGAGCCAAAGGAAUGAGCCCGGCCCCUGCCCUGAGGAAACACUCGGGCUGCGCAGCUACAGGGGACUGAGUGCCGUUCGCAGUUUUAAUCAGCAGAUGGUGGACUGGCAUCUGGACCAGCAAUACCCUCGACCAAAUGAAUUCUCUGUGGCUUCUGUUUCCGUGGCAGUUCAUUCUCCAGAAUGGCAGCCUUGCUACUGCACCAGUCCAGACCUAACUCCCGCAGGAAUGUGGCAUGCGGGGUCCACCGAGGCUCUGCUCGUAAGCAGGGACAGAGGAGGGAGAAGCCAUUCCUUGGGAACUCCAGAUUCUGCCACCUCCAAUGGGUGAUAAACCAGUGUAUCUGCAAAACAUGUUCUGCACAACUAGAAUACAUAGGUGUUGCAUGAAAAAGGGGACCAAAGCAGGGUGAGGCAAUAUUAAAUCAAUUUCU